CAAAACGUCGUUCCUUUAUUUUGAAACAGCCGACGGACGAAAACACGUUGUCGGUCGUCUCGCGAGUUUUUGUUCGAAAAUAUCGGAUUUUCGGUGUUAAUUCCUGCCCGAAAGUAGGGCAAACCUUCCUACAAUCAUGACGGCGCGAUCGAAAUCCCGACGGGACAAGAACAACCGGAUUCGCCGGGCCAAAAACAAGCAGCGGGAGCUGAAGAAGCUGAAAAAGACCUUGGGCCUUAUCGAUGAGGAUGGAAUGGAAAUCCUGAAAAAGGUCGAGGACAUUACCGAACAGCAGAAGAAAAAGGAGGAGGAGGAGAAAAUCAAGAGAGAAGCCAUGGAGGACAUCAUCCGGGAGGAAACCAAGGAUCUGGUGGACACUGAAGAGUAUGUAGAAAUCAAGAACCAGGAAUCGCAGGUGGUGCACAAGUACAAUGCCAAAACCAAGCGGGACCAGUUCGGCCAAUAUCCGGUGUGGUACAACGCCAAGAAGGAACGUCGGAAGCAGCAGAUCAAGGAAGGCAAAAUCAAGAAGAAGCGCAAGAUCCCCGGCCGUCGGAAUCACUUCAUCGACGAAACUUGCAACUGGAAGAAUAUUGUUUGAAAGGUGCGUUUCUUUCGUUUCUUAUCUGAUUAUAAAGCCUGAGUUUUCAUUUCUACAUAUAUUAUUCUUUGUCAUACUUUAUCAUUAAAAAAACUGGUUGGAAAUAAACGAUAUUUUCCAAGAAAA